AUGUGGGAUGCAAUAUGGUGUUGUAUUUCCCCACUAAAGAUACUAAUCGACUCUCUCCGUUUGCUAAACACCAACAAACUCCUCUUUUCCUCAAUCCUCUGUUUCGCAACGCUUCCUCUCUCCUUUCUAACCUUCACUCUCGCAAUCUCCACCCACACCCUCGCUUCCCACAUCUACCAUCUUGAAGCCGUCGCACGUGCGGCCUCCACCCGUGUCGAGGCCACCCAUGUUUGGCACGAGUCUCGUCACGACGCCGUUUCGCUCCUCCGCACCAGAGCCCUCUUCUCCCUCCUCUGCUUCCCCCUCUCCCUCGCCGCCGCCGUCUCCUCCAUCCACGCCGCCGUCUCCGCCGUCCAAGGCAAAGCCGUCACCGUCAGCUCCGCCGUCAGGAACAACUGGAAGCGCCCCGCCGUCACCGCCAUCUUCGUCUACGCCAUCCUGCUGGCUUUCGCUCCCGUGGCACGUGUCCUCGGCUCAGCGUUCGUGUCGCCUUGGUCUCGGGUUCUGGUUCGGGCACUGGGUUCGGGGGCUGAGGUGUACCUGAUGGCGGUGCUGAGCCUGGGCCUAGUGGUUUCCGUUGCGGAGGAGCGGUUCGGGUGGGACGCUAUUCGGGUCGGGUCGGGUUUGAUGCAAGGAAGGAGGUUCUGCGGGUGGUUCCUCUCCGCUUUGUUGGUUUUGGUUUCGGGUUUAAUCAAUGGGAAGGUGCAAUUUUUAAUGGAAAAUCAGAACUCGGAGAUUGGUGUUUGGGACAAAACUCUUCUGAUGUGUUCGUAUGCGUUGGUUGUGCUUCUUAGUUAUGUGAUUAAUGCUGUGUUUUACUGUGAUAGCAAAAGACGACUUGGGAUUAAGGAAGCAGAUGCAGAAGCUGAUGGUGAUGAUCAUGAUUGCGUUUCCCUUUCAUCCUCUCUGUAA